AUGAAGCGCCAGGUUGUAUUCUCAUUCUCAUUUUCAUUCUCAUUUUUGUUUUUAUUUUUAUUUUUAUUUUUAUUUUCAUUUUCGUUUUCAUUUUCAUUUUCAAACGCAAGCAAAAAUGUGUUGAGCUAUGAAACAUUAAAUAACAACGUUAAUAAAUAUACAUUUUUGAAAACAAAUCGAUAUAAAAAAAAAUGCACACAAAGAAGAUAUAGUCAAAAAGAAGCAAACAAAUAUACAAAUUUAUAUACAGUUAAGAAUCCACUUAAAUGUAAAGUGAUAAAUAAAAUAAAAUUAGUUAGAGAGAAUGCAAAACAUAUGGUAUAUAAUCUUGAAAUAAACCACAACGGGCUUUUUAAAUAUAUAGAAGGACAAUCAUGUGGGAUAAUUCCAUAUUACUCUGAAACAGAUAAUGAAUGUAAUAAUACAAAAAUUGAAAAUGAUGUAAAUUGUGAAAAAAAUGAUGUAAAUUGUGAAAAAAAUGAUGUAAAUUGUGAAAAAAAUGAUGUAAAUUGUGAAAAAAAUAAUGUAAAUUGUGAAAAAAAUAAUGUUAAAAGAAAAAAAUGUGCAAGGCUAUAUUCUAUAUCUUCAAGCAAUUCUUAUAAUUUAUCGGUUGCGAUACGAAUACAUAAAUAUGAAGAAAAUGUAAAUGAAAUAAAAAAUAUAAAAUAUGGAUACUGUUCAGGUUAUAUAGAAAAUAUAAAAAAAAAUGAUGAUAUAUAUUUAACUGGGGCACAUGGAAAUUUUAUUUUAUCUAAUAAUAUUAUUGAAAAUAAUAUAAAUUUAAUUUUAAUUGGAACAGGAACUGGAAUAUCUCCAUUUAUAAGUUUUUUAAAAAAAUUAUUAAUAUAUGAUGAAAAUAAUACAAUAAAAAAAAAUACAUAUUCAGGUUUUAUACAUUUAUUUUAUGGGGUUUAUAAUGAAGAUUCAAUUUUAUAUUUAAAUGAAUUAGAAAAAUUUAAAAAAUUAUAUCCUAAUAAUUUACACAUACAUUAUGUUUUCUCUGCUAAUAAAAAAUUAGAUGGUUCUUCAUUUUAUGUACAAGAUGAAAUAUUUAGAAAAAAAGACGAAUUUUUUCAUUUAUUUAAUAAUUAUCAAACAGAGCUUUAUAUAUGUGGGCAUAAAGCAAUAAAACAACAAAUUAUGAACAUUCUAAAAAGCGAUCAAAAUUUUGAUGCUUCAAAAAAAAAAAGAGUUCAUGUUGAAGUUUAUUAG